UAGUAGCUAUAUAACCCUAACAAGAAUUAGUUCUUGGUAGCUUUGUACUAUGGUACUGAUAAAAAUUUUAAUAGGAGGAUGUGCAUCCGUAGUUUUAAUCCUUACGGCAGUUGCAUGGUCUCUCUACAGAAAAAGACAUAUUUUUGAGUUUGCUAAAAAUUUUAAUAGCUUCAAGUUUUAUCCGAUACUCGGCAACUAUUUGCAGCUUAGACAUACAGAUUUAUACAAUAUGAUGCGUAAAGCAUAUAAUGAACUAAGACUUCCGUGCAACUUAUGGCUAGGUCAUACUUAUAACCUUGUAACAGAUGACGCGGAUACUAUAAAAGUUAUACUUAACCAUCCCGAUAGUUUGGAUAAAGCAUCGGUUUAUUGUUUAGUUAAGAUGCUGUUUGAAGAUUGCCUUCUCGUCCAAAAUGCUGAUGCUUGGCGAGUGCGUCGCAAGUUUUUCUCGAAAAGUUUCAGCCAGCCUAUCCUCAAUUCUUAUGUGCAUUACUUCUACAGUAAUAGCAAUGUGUUGCUAGACGUUUUUCGCAAUGGUUACGAUGACCUUUUUAACGUGUUUAGACGCUAUUCCUUCGAUUCAUUUUGCGAAAUAAUUGUGGGUAAGAAUUACAACUUACAAACGGAAACCAGCAAUAAACUGUUAGAAGAAAUGGAUGUGAUUCAGAAGUAUAUGGGAGAUAAUUUUACAAUAGGAAGUUCGUUCGGAUAUAUAUUUCAAUUGAAGGAAUUUGUAGCUAAUGGAUGGAGUGUGAUCUUAUUGCUCAAUAAAAUAAAGUCAUUUCUAUCUAACAUGGUGGAUUUUAGGGAGACAGAACUAAAGAAGUGUCCAGUUAUAGAUUCCAAGUUAUCAUUUCUGGAUGCCAUGUUAACCCAUAGUGACCUCUUUCUGCCAAGCGUUACAUGCAAAGAAUUGAAUAUUUUUGUAUUAGCCGCCACCGACACUACCGGAACUGCAUUGACUUUUACUUUUACAUUAUUGGGAAUGUAUCCAGAAAUUCAAGAAAAAGUGUAUGAAGAAGUAAUAACAGAGAUUGGUAGAAAUACACCUAUUGAAACGGAUCAUUUACCAAAACUGAAAUUUACUGAAAGAGUUUUACUGGAAAGUAUGCGAAUACUUCCGCCUGUUCCGGUAGUGGGUAGAUAUAUUACUAAGGACAUUAAAGUCGGCGACAAGAUAUUUCCUAAAGGAGCUAAUGUAUUUAUUUAUGUCCUUGCCCUUCACCAUAAUAGCAAAUAUUGGCCCAAUCCUGAGAAGUUUGAUCCAGACAGAUUUCUACCAGAUGAAAUUGCUAAUAGAUCGCCAUAUUGUUACAUACCUUUCUCGGGUGGACCUAGGAACUGCAUAGGAAAAACAUACGCUAUGAUGUCUAUGAAGGUUGCUGUAGCCAACGUGAUACGAAAUUUCAAGAUAUCAUCAAAGUAUAAGUCAAUUGAUGAGAUGGAGAUGACAAGCUUUAUCACCAUGAGAACCAAACACGAUAUUGACUGCCAUUUUUCACCUAGAACUUAAUAACAUUUUACAAUUAAUUAUCGUUAUAAGAAGUAAAGCAAGUGAAAUAAACUUAGUUUUGUUCAUUUU